AUGCCUCAAAACUUCGUCCCUCCAAAAAUCCGCAAAUACGAAGGAAAAGGUGAUUCGAAAAAGUACCUCAACAAUGUGGUACAGAAAAAGGCAUUCUUGAACCAAUACCUCUCAAGAAAGGAGGGAGAAGCUUCGAUUCAGCGCUUGCAAGACAUAAGACAAUCGGCAAGGGAGACCUUGAAAAGCUACCUUGCCCGUUUCACCGAUGAGAUAACUUACUGUGAGCAGGUCACGGACAAAGAGGCCCUGUCAGCUCCGAAAGGAGGCUUGAACAUGAACACUUUAUUCUGGAGAAACGUCCGAAGCAAGAAUCCUUCAACGUAUGAUGAAUUAGUGGAGAUGAUGAAAGUUGAAAUCGUCAAUGAAGAAAUGAUUAACCACCGGAACAGAGCCGCCCAGGGGCUCCCAGCGCCUCAAAGGCAGAUGAGCAGAGGACCCACCUCUCAAAUAUCCCCACCUUGGCUUACGAAAACGCUGGGCCGAGUACAAGCAACCCUGUCAGAAACAAUGGACGGCCUUCAACCUCUAGAAAUAGGGGGAGGGGAGGAAGGCCUAGAUAGGCCUAGAGAUAGGCCCUCAGAAGUGCGACCCUAUUGUACUCUCCAUCGCCACUAUGGCCAUGAUACCAACUAUUUUAUGGGGGUAGGAAGACUGGCGAGCAACCCUCGUAAUAGCAGGAAUCACUACUACGAAGGCACCAGUCCGAGGCCUAGUCCCCCAGAAGGGGAAAGACGAGACGACACUCUCCACACAGUAGAAACGACAGUAGGGACAGGCCCCGAGAUGGGCAGCGCCCCAGGAGAGACUCAGCCACCUCGAACGAACAGCAGCCGAUACGUGAAAUCGAUACCAUCAUAG